UAUAGGGUCUGUAAUAUCAAUAAGAUCCCUCCAAGGAGAGAUGCAGUGCAAGACGAAGCUAAUAUUGCAUCCGUUAUCUUGGCUUGCGAUAAGAAGACUGAUCUCGGUCAACGCUGAGUUCCUUAGCCCAGCCUGGCCCGUCAGUAUUUUUGUUGGGGGCACGCGGCCAACUGCACAGCAUUUUUGAGAAAAAAAAAAUUGGGGAGUACUAUUGGUAACUCACUCUUUGAAGAGUGUUCCAGCAUUCUUCCAACGUCCGAUCCGAAAUCACGCCGGACCGAUUCUGCACGUCCCAGCAAGUAGAAGAGGGCAAAGAAGAAGGAAAGAGAUAAAAUGUUGCAGACUGCCCUUACUUCGACACCUAACGACAU